UACAGAUUUAUUACAGAAAAUACUGUGGAAGAGAAAAUAGUGGAAAGAGCAGAAAUAAAGUUACGUUUAGAUAAAUUAGUUAUCCAACAGGGUCGUUUAACUGAUUCCAAAUCUAGUACUUUGAAUAAGGAUGAAAUGUUGAACAUGAUUAGGCACGGUGCCAACCACGUCUUUGCGUCUAAAGACUCUGAAAUCACAGAUGAAGAUAUUGACGUUAUUUUAGAAAAAGGGGAAGCUAAGACGGAAGAGUUAAAUAAAAAAUACGAGAAGCUUGGUGAGUCGUCUUUACGCAAUUUCACAGUGGACACGCCCACCGAAUCCGUCUAUCAGUUCGAAGGUGAAGAUUACCGUGAAAAACAGAAAACUCUUGGCAUUGGUAAUUGGAUCGAGCCCCCAAAACGAGAAAGAAAAGCUAAUUAUGCCGUUGACGCUUAUUUCCGUGAGGCAUUGCGAGUAUCAGAACCUAAAGCUCCUAAAGCACCCAGACCUCCAAAGCAGCCCAUCGUUCAGGACUUCCAAUUUUUUCCUCCCCGUCUGUUCGAACUUCUGGACCAAGAAAUAUACUAUUACAGAAAAACUUUGGGUUAUAAGGUGCCAAAAAACCCAGAACUUGGCCCAGAAGCCAGCAAACACCAGAAGGAGGAACAAAGGAAGAUUGACGAAUCUGAACCGCUGACUGAAGAAGAACAACAGGAAAAAGAAAGUCUUCUUACCCAGGGAUUUACUAAUUGGACGAAACGUGAUUUUAAUCAGUUUAUAAAGGCGAAUGAGAAAUAUGGACGUGACGAUAUCGAAAAUAUCGCGAAAGAAGUGGAAGGAAAGUCUCCUGAAGAAGUGAUGGAAUAUUCUGCCGUAUUUUGGGAACGGUGUCACGAACUUACCGACAUUGAUCGUAUAAUGGCACAAAUAGAAAGGGGAGAAGCGAAGAUUCAACGAAGAGCUAGUAUAAAACGCGCUUUGGACGCAAAAAUGGCAAGAUAUCGAGCCCCCUUUCAUCAACUCAGGAUUGCAUAUGGUACAAACAAAGGUAAAAAUUAUAUGGAGGAGGAAGAUAGAUUUUUGGUUUGUAUGUUACAUAAACUUGGAUUCGAUCGUGAAAACGUUUACGAAGAACUAAGAGCAGCUGUAAGAGCAUCGCCUCAGUUUAGAUUCGAUUGGUUUUUGAAGUCUCGUACUGCAAUGGAACUGCAGAGGAGAUGUAACACAUUAAUUACACUGAUAGAAAGGGAAAACCAGGAGUUGGAAGAAAAGGAAAAAGCUGAAAGGAAAAAGAAAAAUCCAAAAUCUAACAAUGUUACGGGAAUUCCCAAUCAGAGUUCGACAAAGGCAGCUCAAAAACGAAAAAAUGACAAUUCAAAUGUCUCAGGUACUGAGAAAAAGAAAAAGAAGAAGUGAAAUUUUCCUGCGUUUAGUUAACGAAUUUUAUAGAAUUCUUUGUCUCUGGUAUCAAAGGGCAUUUCGUGAUUCUCAACUUAUUUAGUAUGUACGUGCAUUUUGUAUUGUCCCAGUUUUUGUAGUACACAUACUUUUAAGAAUGAUGUACCUUAUUUAAUAAACGUCUUAUUUGUAAUACA